GCUUAGACGGCGCGCGCGGGCGGGAGCGCCAGCAUGGGGGGCGCGUGGCCGCCGCCCCUGCCGGUCUUCCUGGCGGCGUGCUGGCUGGUCCCGCUGGGCGGCGCUUCGUCGUCCAUGCUGUGUCCCAAGCGCUGCACGUGCCAGAACCUGCUGCCGUCCUACACCGUCCUGUGCGCCAAGACGGGCCUGCUCUUCGUGCCGCCCAACAUCGACAGGCAGACGGCCGAGCUGCGCCUCAUGGACAACUUCAUCACCACGCUCAGGCACCGCGACUUCGCCAACAUGUCCAGCCUGAUCCACCUGACGCUGAGCCGCAACACCAUCAGCCAGAUCCGGCCGUUGGCCUUCGCCGACCUCCAGGACCUGCACGCCCUCCACUUGGACGCCAACCGCUUGACCGGCCUGGACGACGCCCACUUCCAGGGCCUGCUCAACCUGCGCCACCUCAUCCUGGCCAACAACCAGCUGCACCGCAUCACCCCGGGAGCCUUCCAGGACUUCCUGGAGACCCUGGAGGACCUGGACCUGAGCUACAACAACCUGGUGGAGGUCCCGUGGGACACCAUCUCCAAGCUGGUCAGCGUCAACACGCUGAGUCUGGACCACAACCUCAUCGAGAGCGUCCCCGAGGGGAUCUUCUCCAACCUGCACAAGCUGGCCAGGCUGGACAUGACGUCCAACAAGCUGAAGAAGAUCCCGCCCGACCCGCUGUUCCUGCGCAUCCCGGUGUACGCCAAGAUGAAGGGCUCGCCGCUGACGGCCUUGGUCCUGAGCUUCGGCGGGAAUCCGCUGCACUGCAACUGCGAGCUGGUCUGGUUGCGGCGGCUGACCCGCGAGGACGACCUGGAGACCUGCGCCUCCCCCAGAGACCUCGCCGGGAAGUACUUCUGGACCAUCAGAGAGGAGGCGUUCGUGUGCGAAGCCCCGAUGAUCACGCGCCACACGUCCAAGAUGUUUGUGAUGGAGGGCCAGGAGGUGAGCCUCCGCUGCAAGUCGGUGGGCGACCCGGACCCCUCCACGCACUGGGUGGGUCCCGACGGCAAGCUGAUGGGCAACACGUCGCGCACCGUCUGCUACGACAACGGCUCGCUGGACAUCCUCAAGGCCUCCGUCACGGAUUCGGGAAAGUUCACGUGCAUCGCGUCCAACGCGGCCGGCGAGGCCACGGCGCCGGUGGAGCUGGUGGUCAACCCCUCGCCGCACUUGGAGCCCGAGCCGGGGGGCGACCCCGGGCCCUCGGACGUGCCCACGUCCAUCAAGUCCAACGCCGGCGGGGGGCAGGCGCGCGCGGCCCCGCGGCGCGUGGCCGUGUCCGAACUGACGGCCAGCACCGCCCUCGUCACGUGGCCCUCGCAGAGCCACGUUCCGGGCGUGCGCACCUACCAGAUCCAGUACAACAGCUCCGCCGACGACGUCCUCGUCUACAGGAUGAUCCCGGCCGACCGCAAGUACUUCCUGCUGAGCGACCUGGCGUCCGCCCGCGACUACGACUUGUGCGUCCUCGCCAUCUACGACGACGGCGUCAGCGCCUUGACGGGAACCAAGAUGGUGGGCUGCGUGGCCUUCGCCACCGAAAGCGAGUACGGACGAUGCCGCUCCAGACGAGACCAGUUUUUGGGCGGCACCGUGAUCCUGAUCCUGGGCGGCAUCAUCGUGGCGUCCGUUCUGGUCUUCAUCUUCAUCCUGCUGAUGAAGUACAAGCUGCACGGCGGCGGCCACCGCAAACGCGGCGCCGACGUCCGACGCGCCCACGUUUGCUCGCAGACCAACGGGGGAGGAGGCGGAGGAGGCGGAGCCAACAGCGGCCCGCCGCCCGCGAGCCAAGACGCCUUCCCGGUGGCAUGAUCGACGCGAAGCUCACCCCAAGCGUACGGACGCAAAGGGAAUCGGCACCACAUGGUCCGACGCCAACGAGGUCUUCUUUGCACUUUUUGGACACCGACGCGGCUCGGCUCCUUCGCCGGCAUCCGCGAAGCCCGAGUAUUCGCACGGCGGAUCGGAAACAACGUCCCGAACAGAACAUUCCACGGAGAACAUUCCACGAGGAACCUUCGGCGAGCCGCGUUCCGCAAAGAGCGGCCAAGAAGGAAUGCCGCGUGAAGGACGUUCCUUUU